AUGAAGAGAAGAAAAGUAUAGCCUUCCUGUCGUUCCCGGAUUCGAAUUCCGCGAUAGGCGACACCAUGUUCUGUUUCCGCACACCCACGAUACCAACGCUGUCGGGCCGUCAUCAGUUGGCUGCUGGUGCAGCAGUAAACCGAGGGGGAG